CUUCUUUGAAUCCCUCAGCUGCAGAUCAAAUGCUCUCUGUGCGGGCUGUGGAAGAAGCAGGCGCCCGCCCCUUCAAUGGAGGUAUUCGCAUAACUUCUCUUCAGCAGUUGUGUUGCAGCUGAAGCUGCAGCAACACUUCUCUUCAGGAUUUGUUUCUUGUGACGAGCCGGACUGGACCAUGCUACUUUCGCGACCCGCCGACAUGUAUUCAGCAGCGCUGCUACUGAUGCUGGCUGUCAGGAUCUGCGCAGAUGGCGUCGAGCGUCCAACAGCUGGCUGCGCCUUUGAAGAGGACUCGGACUCGGGCUUAUGUGAAUACCGCCAAGGUCAACAGGACGACUUUGACUGGCAGUUGAUCAAGACCUUUAACUGGCCACACCCAACAGCAGACCUCCUGCCAGGAUCCUUUAUGAUGGUCAAUUCCUCGCAGCAUUUGGGGGGCCAGCGAGCACAACUGUACCUGCUCCCCCUGAGUGAGAACGACACCCACUGCAUUCAGUUCAGCUACUUCCUGUACAGCCGUGACGGCCACAGUCCUGGGGCCCUACAGGUCUACAUCCGGGUCAACGGGGGUCCCAAGGGCAGCGCUGUUUGGAAUAUCUCAGGCUCCCAGGGGCACCAGUGGCACCAGGUGGAGCUGGCUGUCAGCACAUUCUGGCCCAGUGAUUACCAGGUCAUCUUUGAAGCAGUUGUUUCCAAAGAGCGACAGGGUUACAUUGCCUUGGAUGACACCGUGCUGCUCAAUUAUCCCUGUUACAAGGUGCCUCAUUUCUCUCGGCUGGGUGACGUGGAGGUGAACGCUGGGCAGAACGCCUCGUUUCAGUGUGUCGCCACGGGCAAAGUCUCGGAGACAGAGCCGUUCGUGCUUGAGCGGAGAAACAGCGUCGUGCUCGACACUUCUUGGCUGUCGCGGUUGAGCCACAAGCGGCUGAUGGCAACCUUUCAGGUGGAGGCACAACGUGGAGAGCAGGACCACUACCGCUGCGUCACUCUAUCCCCGAGAGGUGCCGCUGUGUCCAACUUUGGAGAGCUCAUUGUCAGAGUCCCCCCCACGCCGAUUGCUCCGCCCCAGCUCCUGCGGGCAGGUCCCACGUACCUGAUCAUCCAGCUCAACACCAACUCCAUUGUUGGAGAUGGACCUGUCAUUCGGCGGGAAAUCCAAUACCGGGCCAGUCAGUCAACCUGGAAAGAGACCCAUGUGGUUGGCUCACUUACCUACAAGGUGUGGCACCUUGAGCCAGACACAGAGUACUACAUCAGCGUCCUGCUAACUCGGCCCGGGGAGGGGGGCACUGGUGCGCCUGGACCACCACUGGUCAGCAGGACAAAGUGUGCAGAGCCCAUGCGUGCCUUGCGCGGCCUAACGGCCACAGAGAUCCAGCCGCGUCUUCUGGCCCUUCAGUGGGAGCCGCUGGGCUACAAUCUCACACGCUGCCACACAUACACUCUAUACCUCUGCUACCGCUACUCUAUGCCAACGGGGACCAGCGGGGGCAACAAUGCCACAGUAAGAGAGUGCCUGUCCGUGGACCGCAACACCUCCCACUUCACACUGAGAGACCUGCCACCCUUUCGCGCGGUCCACAUCAGGCUGGCGCUGGCCAACCCAGAGGGAAAGAAGGAGAGCAGGGAGGUCACCUUUCAAACGGAGGAGGACAUUCCUGGAGGCAUCGCUCCAGAGUCUUUGACCUUCACUCCACUCGAUGACAUGAUUUUCCUCAAGUGGGAGGAGCCUGUAGAGCCCAACGGUCUUAUCACACAGUAUGAGAUCAGUUACCAGAGCACAGAGUCCUCUGACCCUGGCAUUAAUGUACCCGGUCCUCGUCGUACCGUAUCCAAACUGAGAAAUGAAACCUACCACAUGUUCUCGGGCCUGCACCCCGGAACCACGUACCUGGUCUCUGUUCGCGCCCGGACUGCCAAAGGUUUUGGCCAAACAGCUCUUACAGAGAUCACUACAAAUAUAUCAGCCCCAGUGUUCGACUAUGAAGACAUUCCGUCUCCGCUCAGCGAGUCAGAGAGUACCAUCACCGUGCUGCUGCGCCCUGCCCUGGGGAGAGGAGCGCCUGUCAGUGCCUACCAGGUGGUUGUGGUGGUUGAGGAUGGCUCCCGCCGGGUGAGGAGGAGGGAGCUGGGAACCGUCGACUGCUUCCCAACUGCAAACUCCCACAGUGAAGCGCAGAUCAAAGGGGCCCCACAUUACUACACAGCUGAGCUGGCCCCCAGCAGCCUGCCCGAGGCCACGCCUUUCACUGUGGGUGACAAUCACACCUACAAUGGCUACUGGAACAGUCCUUUAGACCCUACCAAGAACUACCUCAUCUACUUCCAGGCUAGCAGCAACUUCAAAGGGGAGACCAGGAUAAAUUGUAUUCGGAUUGCUCGCAAGGCUGCCUGUAAGGACUCCAAGAAGGCUCUUGAGGUAUCCCAGCAUGCCGAGGACAUGGGUCUGAUCCUGGGAGCCUGCGCCGGGGGUCUGGUGAUCCUCAUUCUCCUCCUGGGGAUCAUCAUCAUCAUCGUGAAGAAGGGAAGGGACUUCUAUUCUUACCCUUACUACCCUAGGAAGAAAGUGGCCAUAAACAAGGCGGCCAUGUCCUACAGGCAGGAGAAGAGUCGCAAGCUGAGCCCUCUGGACUGCAGCAUGACUGAGCAGAGCACCCUCCAGCAGGACGAGAGGCUAGCUCACUCCUUCAUGGACGCCCACGGCUGCAGCGCUCGAAAUGAGCAGCGGAGCUCCGUCAACGAAUCCAGCAGCUUACUGGGAGGCUCACCACAGCGUCACUGUCGGAGGAAGAGUUCGCCUUAUCACACGGGUCAACUCCACCCAGCAGUAAGGGUGGCCGACCUCCUUCAGCACAUCAACCAGAUGAAGACAUCUGAGGGAUACGGCUUUAAGCAAGAGUACGAGAGUUUUUUCGAUGGCUGGGAUGCUACUAAAAAGAAAGAAAAGACCAAAGGACGACACGACAACCUGCUCAGCCCUGAUCGUCAUCGAGUCAAGCUCCACUCUCUGCUGGCAGACCCCAGCUCGGAUUAUGUCAAUGCAAACUACAUAGACAUUCGGAUAAACAGGGAAGGUUACCAGCGAUCCAACCACUUCAUUGCCACUCAAGGCCCCAAGCAGGAGAUGAUCUAUGAUUUUUGGCGGAUGGUUUGGCAGGAGAAUUGCUUCAGCAUCGUCAUGCUUACCAAGCUGGUGGAAGUCGGCAGGAUGAAGUGCUGUAAGUACUGGCCUGAUGACACUGAACUGUAUGGUGACAUUAAGAUAACACUACUGAAGACAGAAACCCUGGCAGAGUACACAGUCCGCACCUUCGCCAUGGAGAGGAGAGGCUACCCUGCAAAACAUGAGGUGUGCCAGUUCCAUUUAACUUCCUGGCCUGAGCACAGUGUUCCAUACCACGCCACUGGUCUGCUGGCCUUCCUUCGCCGAGUCAAGACCUCCACUCCCCCUGAUGCUGGACCUGUGGUUGUCCACUGCAGCAUGGGGGCAGGCAGGACUGGCUGCUACAUCGUGCUGGAUGUCAUGCUGGAUAUGGCCGAAUGUGAAGGAGUGGUGGACAUCUACAACUGCGUAAAGACCCUCUGCUCCCGACGUAUCAACAUGAUCCAGACUGAAGAGCAGUAUGUGUUCAUCCAUGAUGCCAUCCUGGAGGCUUGCCUUUGUGGAGAAACUGCCAUCCCUGUAUCUGACUUUGCUAUUACCUACAAGGAAAUGCUGAAAGUCGAUUCUCAGAGCAACACCUCGCAGCUCAGAGAGGAAUUUCAGACUCUGAACUCUGUGACUCCUCACCUGGAUAUAGAGGAGUGCACCGUCUCUCUGAUGCCCAGGAACCGAGAGAGGAACCGGAGUAUGGACGUUCUGCCGCCAGACCGUUCUCUUGCCUUCCUCGUCACCACAGAGGGCGAGAGCAGCAACUACAUUAACGCAGCGCUCGCCGACAGCUUCCUUCGGCCUGCUGCCUUUGUGGUGACCCCACAUCCAUUGCCCGGCACCACCACCGACUUCUGGAGGCUCAUAUAUGACUACAGCUGCACCUCUGUGGUGAUGCUAAACCAACUAAACCAAUCCAAUUCUGCAUGGCCCUGUCUGCAGUACUGGCCUGAGCCAGGAAUACAGCAGUUCGGGCCCAUGACUGUGGAGCUUCUGUCCAGGACUGCAGACGAUGACGUUAUCAUCCGUCUCUUCCGGAUUCAGAAUAUCACACGGCUUCAGGAGGGUCAGCUCGUGGUGCGCCACUUUCAGUUCCUGCGCUGGUCCCCAUACCGUGAUGUUCCCGACUCCAAGAAAGCUUUCCUCAGCCUUUUGGCUCAGGUUCACAACUGGCAGAGGGAGUGUGGCGAGGGGCGCGCUGUCGUCCACUGCCUGAACGGUGGCGGUCGAAGUGGUACUUUCUGUGCCUGCACCAUGAUCCUGGAAAUGAUACGGCACCACAGCAUGGUGGACGUGUUCUUUGCUGCCAAAACACUACGCAACUCAAAGCCAAACAUGGUGGAGACAAUGGAGCAGUACCGUUUCUGCUAUGAGCUGGUCCAGGAGUAUCUGGACUGCUUGGAGGUCAGAUAGCGCCAGUUCUUUUAAUUGAAUCCCUUCUCAAGGAAAUAGUCUGGAUGUUGGAUCCUGCUUCCUGGAUCUUUGCUCCUGACUCAUUAGUCCUUACAUACUGCUACAGUUGGAUACUUCACCAUGCCUGGAUAAAAACCCUAAAGAGAAAACUCACAACUUGUGACGUUCCACUCAAGACAACCCCUCUCCUGCUUCUCCUUGGUUCCCUGAUCCAAGCCGUACUCUUCUGUGCCAUUUUACAUCAGAGGACUUGAACAGGAGUGCUGUCCAGGCAGCCUUGCACCAUGUUGUACACCUUACCAACAGCAUUUAAGGAGCUCCUCUGUGUCCUGCCUUACUAUAAAUAAACACAAAAAAAUGAACAGGUGAUGCCAUUCACUGGGGGAUAUUUUGUGUUUGUAACACUGUAAAUGGUGCAAUCUGCUGUUGGUGAACAUCCGAUGUCAUUCUGUACUGUAUAUGAAUUUUAACGUGGAUAAAGUUGACAAUUGGAGAUUCACAAAUGGUGAAAAGGAAAGUUGACUUUUAUCUAAUGGACGUUUGUGUUCAGUAGAUUAGUCUCUGACCUAAUUUCUCUUUAUUUAUUCGUGUAUAUGGAUGUUUUUUUCCUCCAUUAGAUAUUACUAGAUGUUCCCAAUGUCUUAAUCACUGUGCCAUUCUCACUCUUUGUUUGUUAAUGGGUUAGGGUUCAACAUCUGCAUGCCCAGUCUUAACUGUUUCAUUGCAAUGUGUGACCUAAAUCUGCUGUAAGAUUACGGCAAAUAAUUUGUCGCUUUCUAGGUUUGUAUUCAUCCAGUGUGUUUGAUUUUUUACAUAGUGUACAAAAAAGGAGAAAUAAAUCAUGCUCCUAACA